UCCUGCACCCCGGAUCAGCCAGACCACACACACAUUACGCAGUAGGUAUGCAAUUGCAUGGUUACACACCGUGAUACCCACACCCAACCCACCCCGGGGAGGGGGGGGGGAUGGGAAGGAAAAGCCGCAACAAAUCAUCGAACCACCCACCCAUACACUCAACUUAAACCCAUCGGGAGGAACAAAGAGUCUGGAGAGAGCUUGAGCACGGGACACAUACCUACCGCGGUGUAAGGUAGUGUACACACACACGCACGCUCUGCCUGCCAUCCGGCCCGGCCGCAGAAAUCCCCACCACUCCAUCCGGGCCCC